UGAACAAAAUACGAGAAAUUUUAGUUUACAUUCCAUAUAAAUAUAUAAAAUGGCUCCCAAAAAAACUGAUUUUGAUUUAACUGAUAGAGGCUGGGUUGAUUUAUAUGUUAAAAAAUGUGAAAACAUAAUGAAAGAGUUUACCGACUAUGUUUAUGCUUUACAAAAUCACUGUUUGAAAGAACGCGGUAAGAUUGAAGAACUUGAUAAAAACUGUAAGAAGCUACAAAAAAAAUUAGUUGACGAGAAACAAAUGCAACAAGCAAAAUAUGAAAAGAGACCUACAUUAUAUACACCUCUGGAUCGGAGUCCUAUAAAUACUGAUAUAUUGGGUAUUACCACAAUGACCACUCCUACCAAAGGUGAGGCAGAUCGAACCACAAUAAGCGACGGUUCUCCCGCAUUUCUGAACAUGGCUAUGGAUAGCGAACAAUUAAAUAUGGAAUCUUGCGUUUUAAGUCCCGCACAACAUCUUCAGGAAAUAUUACCGGCAUCCGAGCAGUUAGGCAGUCCGAAUCGUUUUUCAAUUGGAAUUGACAGUGUUUUACAGCACAACACAUCGCCGACGUGCAAACCAAGAAACAACAAUGAAAAUCAAAGUGCAUUAGGUUUUUUAAAAGCGCGUGGUCGUGUUGGUAAAACUUUGUAUAACGAACCUUAUGAGCAUAAACUACGAGAACAAAAUCCAGCAGCGAAUGGAAAUGAUAACAAACUGUUGAAAUCAGAAGCUAAUUUGCAUUCAAAACAAUCGGAUUGGUUUGAAAAGGAGAAAAAAAGUGAGGAGCGAAAAGCGGGUUUAAAAAGAAGCGCUAGUAAUAUGGAAGAGGUAUUGCGAAAACGUAGUCUGAUGUCAUUGAAUAAGAGUGGCGAAAGAAAAUUAAAACAAUCACGGUUAACACAAAUGGUUUCUAUGAAAACAAAUAAAGUACAAAAUGCCAUUUCUCCAGAAGAUGUGGGUGAUGCACAAAAAUUUGCAUUUUCACCAACUUCAUCUCUUGCUUCGACCAACACAACGCAAAAAAAGCUAGCUUUUCAAACAUUUUCCAAUGAUACUGACGAUAUUUUCCAAUUUAGCAGCGAAGAUGACGAUGAGCAACAUGUUAAAAAAUCAAACGAUAACAGUGUAAUAAAACAAAAUGUAAAGAAAAGUAAUGACACAACAGUUUUUCAACCAUUACCGAAAGAAACAGAUAAAUCUGAUAGUAUUUUGGCUAUAACUCCAACAGCACCACCGUUAAUUUGUUUAGAUGACUCGGAUGAUAACGAAGAUGGAACAGAAACUAGGUCGAACUUUGGAAAGAAGAUGAAGACUCAACAAGCAGGGGAAAGUCAUUUAAAAAAGUCAAUUGCCAUUGUUAAAAAAGAAAGAACAGGUAGUGAAAAUCUAGCCACCGAGUUGGCGGCGGCGAUGUUAGCCGAAUGGGAAGAGGAGCCCGAACAUCACACUGUAAAAUCAGAAACGAAACCAAAAGCUAAAGCAGUAGAUAUGAAACCACGUCUUUCGCAACUACCUGAAGCGAAUUUUUCAAUCAAAGAACGUUUCAAUGUCGAUUGCGAUGAAUGUCAAAAAUAUAUCGACUUUAUGGGAAGCAAUAUGAGUUUGUCGGAAAUUGAGACGCACCUGCGUCGUUGUACCCGUCACCGCACUGCGAAAGAUGACAUACCAACUACGCCGCCAAAUUACUGGAAUCCUUUGAUGCCAUCGUUUUCCGAAAAUGAUCCACGUAACAAAACCCUGUUAGAAGAUCCGUUUAUACAACGAAAGCGCGGUAGCAAUAAAUCGUAGAAAUUUAAGGCGCUUAGGGCAUGAUAUGUAUUUCAAAUUCUAUAAGUUGCCACGUUUUGCUUGUUCGAUUUCGAUAGCUGUGAAGAGUGACUUAAAGUUGCCGGC